CGCGGAAAUAGUAGAAUUGGCGGUAAUUCGACGCCUAACAGAAAUGGUAGAAUUAGCGGUAAUUCGACGCCUAACGGAAAUAGUAGAAUUGGCGGUAAUUCGACGCCUAACAGAAAUGGUAGAAUUAGCGGUAAUUCGACGCCUAACGGAAAUAGUAGAAUUGGCGGUAAUUCG